AUGAAGACCAGCAACAUGUUCUCACGUAACCGCAGGAUUCACAACCCGUUCAAGAGAAGAAACUCAGCAAGCAAGUCACAACAUUCACACAGUGUGCAUCAGCAGAACAUCAUAAGCGCGCUCGGAGGAAUUCCCCAUGAUUUUGAUUUCGAUUUUCAAUCAGCAACAGAGACACCAACGGUCUAUUCUUCAAGGAGGAGUUCGAUCUACAGCUUGGAUUCAGUGUCGGGUCCAAGAUUAGGUCCAAACCAUCAUGUAUACGCCUACUAUCAGACUUCAAACCAAGUGGACUCAGAAAGGCAUCACCACCAUCAUCAUAGCAACAACCAGUGUUGUCACAACGUGAAUUGCAAGCAGCACAAGAGCAAGAGAAACAGUUCAGAUUCUUACAAUCCGAGGCGUAGUUUCACCGGUUUCAAGCUUUGGUUGAGGUUAACCUGGGUGAAGGUGGGAAGGACCUUCCGUUAA